AUGGCCAAAGAGGCCAUCAGGGAGGGCAAGGAUGUGAGGGGAGAAGAGAGGUACAAGAUGGUUGAAUGGAGUCAUCAUGGAUGGUUGGACCAAGAUCCAGAGCGAUCAGCCCUUAGUGAGGAGGUCAACAAGAAAAGAGAAGAGGAUAAAAGAUAUAUGAGGAUUAUAGAUCAAAAUACCAAAGAAGUUGGAUCAGAACUGGAGAUCAUAGAGAGUAAAGAAGUAUAUACAGAUGAAAUAGGAAACCAAUCCCCACACAGAGAAAAAUAUUCUAUUAUAGUGCCCAGCAAAAAUAAAAUAUUACACGCAGCAGAAGAAAAGGAGUAUAAAGAAAUACAUUCAUACAAAGAUUCCCUCUACAGCUAUUUCCAGGGGUCUGGGGACCAUGAAUCAGCUCCGACCGACUUACCUGAAAUAUCCACAACACCAGAAGGUUCUGGGGACACUGAUCCAACAUUUGUCCCAGAUAUUUCCACAGCACCAGAGGGGUCAGGAGACAUAGAAAUGACACCAACAUCAGAAACUGAAAUAUCCACAACACCCGAAGGAUCUGGGGACCCUGACACAACUCCAACUGAUGCACCUGAGAUACAUACAACACCCAAAGAAUCCGGGGACACUGACACAACUCCAACUCAAUUGCCUGAGGUACCUACAACACCUAAAGGAUCUGAUAACACUGACACAAUUUCAACUGGUAUACCUGAAAUAUCCACACCACCAGAGGGGUCUGGUGACAUAGAAUUAACACCAACAUCAGAAACUGAAAUAUCCACAACACCCGAAGGGUCUGGUGACAUUGAAACAACUCCAACUGAUGCACCUGAGAUACAUUCGACACCCGAAGGGUCUGGCGACACUGACACAACUGCAACUCAGGUGCCUGAGGUAUCUACAACACCUGAAGGAACUGAUGACACUGACACAACUCCAACUGAUAUACCUGAAAUAUCCACACCACAGGAGGGGUCUGGAGACAUAGAAAUGACACCAACACCAGAAACUGAAAUACCCACAACUCUCGAAGGAUCUGGUGACACUGACACAACUCCAACUGAGGCACCUGAGAUACCUUCAACACCCGAAGGGUCUGGUGACACUGAAACAUCUCCAACCCAUGUGCCUGAGGUACCUUCAACACCGGAAGGAUCUGGUGACACUGACACAACUCCAACUGAUGCACCUGAGGUACCUUCAACACCGGAAGGAUCUGAUGACACUGAAACAACUCCAACUGAUAUACCUGAAAUAUCCACAACACCCGAGGGGUCUGGAGACAUAGAAGUGACACCAACAUUAGAAACUGAAAUAUCUACAACACCCGAAGGAUCUUGGGACACUGAAACAACUCCAACUCAUGUGCCUGAGGUACCUACAACACCCGAAGGAUCUAGUGACACUGACAAAACUCCAACUGAUGCACCUGAAAUAUCCACAACACCCGAAGGGUCUGGUGACACUGAAACAACUCCAACUCAUGUGCCUGAGAUACCUACAACACCUGAAGGAUCUGGUGACGCUGACACAACUCCAACUGAUGCAUCUGAAAUAUCCACACCACCCGAAGGGUCUGGUGACAUUGAAACAACGCCAACUGAUGCACCUGAGAUACAUUCAACACCCGAAGGGUCUGGCGACACUGACACAACUCCAACGGAUGUGCCUGAGAUACCUACAACACCCAAAGGGUCUGGUGACAUUAAAACUACUCCAACUGAUGCACCUCAGAUACAUUCAACACCCGAAGGGUCUGGCGACACUGACACAACUCCAACUCAUGUGCCUGAGGUAUCUACAACACCUGAAGGAUCUGGUGACACUGACACAACUCCAACUGAUAUACCUGAAAUAUCCACACCAACUGGGGGGUCUGGAGACAUAGAAGUGACACCAACACCAGAAACUGAAAGAUCAACAACACACGAAGGAUCUGGUGACACUGACACAACUCCAACUGAUGCACCUGAGAUAACUACAACACCCGAAGGAUCUGGUGACACUGACACAACUCCAACUGAUGCACCUGAGAUAUCCACACCAACUGAGGGGUCUGGAGACAUAGAAGUGACACCAACACCAGAAACUGAAAUAUCAACAACACCCGAAGGAUCUGGUGACACUGACACAACUCCAACUGAUGAACCUGAAAUACCUACAACACCCGAAGGAUCUGGUGACACUGACACAACUCCAACUGAUGCACCUGAGAUACCUUCAACAUCCAAAGGGUCUGGUGACACUGAAACAACUCCAACUCAUGUGCCUGAGGUACCUACAAUACCGGAAGGAUCUGGUGACACUGACACAACUCCAACUGAUGCACCUGAGAAACCUACAACACCUGAUGGAUCUGAUGACACUGAAACAACUCCAACUGAUAUACCUGAAAUAUCCACAACACCCGAGGGGUCUGGAGACAUAGAAGUGACACCAACAUCAGAAACUGAAAUAUCUACAACACCCGAAGGAUCUGGUGACACUGAAACAACUCCAACUCAUGUGCCUGAGGUACCUACAACACCCGAAGGAUCUAGUGACACUGAAAAAACUCCAACUGAUGCACCUGAAAUAUCCACAACACCUGAAGGGUCUGGUGAUAUUGAAACAACUCCAACUGAUGCACCUGAGAUACCUUCAACACCUGAAGGGUCUGGUGACACUGAAACAACUCCAACUCAUGUGCCUGAGAUACCUACAACACCUGAAGGAUCUGGUGACGCUGACACAACUCCAACUGAUGCAUCUGAAAUAUCCACACCACCCGAAGGGUCUGGUGACAUUGAAACAACGCCAACUGAUGCACCUGAGAUACAUUCAACACCCGAAGGGUCUGGCGACACUGACACAACUCCAACUGAUAUCCCCGAAAUAUCCACAACACCUGAGGGGUCUGGAGACAUAGAAGUGACAAUAACAUCAGAAACUGAAAUGUCUUCAACACCCGAAGGAUCUGGUGACACUGAAAUAACUCCAACUGAUGAACCUGAGAUAACUUCAACACCUGAAGGGUCUGGUGACACUGAAACAACUCCAACGCAUGUGCCUGAGAUACCUACAACACCUGAAGGAUCUGGUGACACUGAAACAACUCCAACUGAUGCCUCUGAGAUACCUACAACACCCAAAGGGUCUGGUGACAUUGAAACAACUCCAACUGAUGCACCUGAGAUACAUUCGACACCUGAAGGGUCUGGCGACACUGACACAACUCCAACUCAUGUGCCUGAGGUAUCUACAACGCCUGAAGGAUCUGGUGACACUGGCACAACUCCAACUGAUAUACCUGAAAUAUCCACACCAACUGAGGGGUCUGGAGACAUAGAAGUGACACCAACACCAGAAACUGAAAUAUCCACAACACCCAAAGUAUCUGGGGACACUGAAACAACUCCAACUGAUGAACCUGAGAUACCUUCAACACCUGAAGGGUCUGGUGACACUGAAACAACUCCAACGCAUCUGCCCGAGAUACCUACAACACCCGAGGGGUCUGGUGACAUUGAAUCAACUCCAACUGAUGCACCUGAGAUACAUUCAACACCCGAAGGGUCUGGUGACACUGACACAACUCCAACGCAUGUGCCUGAGGUAUCUACAACACCUGAAGGAUCUGGUAACACUGAAACAACUCCAACUCAUGGGCCUGAGAUAUCCACAACACCCAAAGGUUCUGGUGACACUGAAACAACUCCAACUCAUGUGCCUGAGGUACCUACAACACCCGAAGGAUCUAGUGACAGUGGUACAACUCCACCUGAUGCACCUGAAAUAUCCACAACACCUGAAGGCUCUGGUGACACUGAAACAACUCCAACUGAUGCACCUGAGAUACCUACAACACCCAAAGGGUCUGGUGACACUGAAACAACUCCAACUGAUGCACCUGAGAUACCUUCAACACCUGAAGGAUCUUGUGAUACUGAAACAACUCCAACUGAUGCACCUGAGAUGCCUUCUACACCUGAAGGGUCUGGUGACACUGAAACAACUCCAACUGAUGCACCUGAGAUACCUUCAACACCUGAAGGAUCUGGUGAUACUGAAACAACUCCAACACAUAUGCCUGAGAUACCUACAACACCUGAAGGAUCUGGUGACACUGACACUUCUCCAACUGAUGCAACUGAAAUAUCCACAACACCCGAAGGGUCUGGUGACACUGAAACUACUCCAACUGAUGCACCUGAGAUACCUUCAACACCUGAAGGGUCUGGUAACACUGAAACAACUCCAACUCAUGUGCCUGAGAUACCUACAACACCCGAAGGGUCUGGUGACAUUGAAACAACUCCAACUGAUGCACCGGAUAUACAUUCAACACCUGAAGGGUCUGGUGACACUGAAACAACUCCAACUGAUGCACCUGAGAUACCUUCAACACCUGAAGGGUCUGGUGACACUGAAACAACUCCAACUCAUAUGCCUGAGAUACCUACAACACCUGAAGGAUCUGGUGACACUGACACAACUCCAACUCAUGUGCCUGAGAUACCUACAACACCUGAAGGGUCUGGUGACAUUGAAACAACUCCAACUGAUGCACCUGAGAUACCUUCAACACCUGAAGGGUCUGGUGACACUGAAACAACUCCAACUCAUAUGCCUGAGAUAUCUACAACACCUGAAGGAUCUGGUGACACUGACACAACUCCAACUGAUGCACCUGAAAUAUCCACAACAACCGAAGGGUCUGGUGACACUGAAACUACUCCAACUGAUGCACCUGAAAUAUCCACAACAACCAAAGGGUCUGGUGACACUGAAACUACUCCAAUUGAUGCACCUGAGAUACCUACAACACCCAAAGGGUCUGGUGACACUGAAACAACUCCAACUGAUGCACCUGAGAUACCUUCAACACCUGAAGGAUCUUGUGAUACUGAAACAACUCCAACUGAUGCACCUGAGAUGCCUUCUACACCUGAAGGGUCUGGUGACACUGAAACAACUCCAACUGAUGCACCUGAGAUACCUUCAACACCUGAAGGAUCUGGUGAUACUGAAACAACUCCAACACAUAUGCCUGAGAUACCUACAACACCUGAAGGAUCUGGUGACACUGAAACUACUCCAACUGAUGCACCUGAGAUACCUUCAACACCUGAAGGGUCUGGUAACACUGAAACAACUCCAACUCAUGUGCCUGAGAUACCUACAACACCCGAAGGGUCUGGUGACAUUGAAACAACUCCAACUGAUGCACCGGAUAUACAUUCAACACCUGAAGGGUCUGGUGACACUGAAACAACUCCAACUGAUGCACCUGAGAUACCUUCAACACCUGAAGGGUCUGGUGACACUGAAACAACUCCAACUCAUAUGCCUGAGAUACCUACAACACCUGAAGGAUCUGGUGACACUGACACAACUCCAACUCAUGUGCCUGAGAUACCUACAACACCCGAAGGGUGUGGUGACAUUGAAACAACUCCAACUGAUGCACCUGAGGUACCUUCAACACCUGAAGGGUCUGGUGACACUGAAACAACUCCAACGCAUCUGCCUGAGAUACCUACAACACCCGAGGGGUCUGGUGACAUUGAAACUACUCCAACUGAUGCACCUGAGAUACAUUCAACACCUGAAGGGUCUGGCGACACUGACACAACUCCAACUCAUGUGCCUGAGGUAUCUACAACACCCGAAGGGUCUGGAGACAUUGAAACAACUCCAACUGAUGCAACUGAGAUACCUUCAACACCUGAAGGGUCUUGUGACACUGAAACAACUCCAACUCAUGUGCCUGAGGUAUCUACAACACCUGAAGGAUCUGGUGACACUGAAACAACUCGAACUGAUGCACCUGAAAUAUCCACAACACCCGAAGGAUCUGGUGACACUGAAACAACUCCAACUCAUGUGCCUGAGGUACCUACAACACCCAAAGGAUCUAGUGACAGUGGUACAACUCCACCUGAUGCACCUGAAAUAUCCACAACACCUGAAGGCUCUGGUGACACUGAAACAACUCCAACUGAUGCACCUGAGAUACCUACAACACCCAAAGGGUCUGGUGACACUGAAACAACUCCAACUCAUAUGCCUGAGAUACCUACAACACCUGAAGGAUCUGGUGACACUGACACAACUCGAACUGAUGCACCUGGAAUAUCCACAACAACCAAAGGGUCUGGUGACACUGAAACUACUCCAACUGAUGCACCUGAGAUAACUUCAACACCCGAAGGGUCUGGUGACACUGAAACAACUCCAACUCAUGUGCCUAAGAUACCUACAACACCCGAAGGGUCUGGUGACAUUGAAACAACUCCAACUGAUGCACCUGAGAUACCUUCAACACCUGAAGGGUCUGGUGUCACUGAAACAACUCCAACUCAUAUGCCUGAGAUACCUACAACACCUGAAGGAUCUGGUGACACUGACACAACUCAAACUGAUGCACCUGAAAUAUCCACAACAACCAAAGGGUCUGGUGACACUGAAACUACUCCAACUGAUGCACCUGAGAUAACUUCAACACCCGAAGGGUCUGGUGACACUGAAACAACUCCAACUCAUGUGCCUGAGAUACCUACAACACCCGAAGGGUCUGGUGACAUUGAAACAACUCCAACUGAUGCACCUGAGAUACCUUCAACACCUGAAGGGUCUGGUGUCACUGAAACAACUCCAACUCAUAUGCCUGAGAUACCUACAACACCUGAAGGAUCUGGUGACACUGACACAACUCAAACUGAUGCACCUGAAAUAUCCACAACAACCAAAGGGUUUGGUGACACUGAAACUACUCCAACUGAUGCACCUGAGAUAACUUCAACUCCAACUCAUGUGCCUGAGAUACCUACAACACCCGAAGGGUCUGGUGACAUUGAAACAACUCCAACUGAUGCACCUGAGAUACCUUCAACACCUGAAGGGUCUGGUGACACUGAAACAACUCCAACGCAUCUGCCUGAGAUACCUACAACACCCGAAGGGUCUGGUGACAUUGAAACAACUCCAACUGAUGCACCUGAGAUACCUUCAACACCUGAAGGGUCUGGUGACACUGAAACAACUCCAACGCAUCUGCCUGAGAUACCUACAACACCCGAGGGGUCUGGUGACACUGAAACUACUUCAACUGAUGCACCUGAGAGACCUACAACACCUGAAGGAUCUGGUGACACUGACACAACUCCAACUGAUGCAACUGAAAUAUCCACAACACCCGAAGGGUCUGGUGACACUGAAACUACUCCAACUGAUGCACCUGAGAUACCUUCAACACCUGGAGGGUCUGGUAACACUGAAACAACUCCAACUCAUGUGCCUGAGAUACCUACAACACCCGAAGGGUCUGGUGACAUUGAAACAACUCCAACUGAUGCACCGGAUAUACAUUCAACACCUGAAGGGUCUGGUGACACUGAAACAACUCGAACUGAUGCACCUGAGAUACCUUCAACACCUGAAGGGUCUGGUGACACUGAAACAACUCCAACUCAUAUGCCUGAGAUACCUACAACACCUGAAGGAUCUGGUGACACUGACACAACUCGAACUGAUGCACCUGAAAUAUCCACAACAACCAAAGGGUCUGGUGACACUGAAACAACUCCAACUGAUGCACCUGAGAUAACUUCAACACCCGAAGGGUCUGGUGACACUGAAACAACUCCAACUCAUGUGCCUGAGAUACCUACAACACCCGAAGGGUCUGGUGACAUUGAAACAACUCCAACUGAUGCACCGGAUAUACAUUCAACACCUGAAGGGUCUGGUGACACUGAAACAACUCCAGCUGAUGCACCUGAGAUACCUUCAACACCUGAAGGGUCUGGUAACACUGAAACAACUCCAACUGAUGCCCCUGAGAUACCUUCAACACCUGAAGGGUCUGGUGACACUGAAGCAACUCCAACUCAUGCACCUGAGAUAUCUUCAACACCUGAAGGAUCUGGUGACACUGACACAGCUCUAACAGAUAUACCUGAAAUAUCAAAACCACCUGAGGUGUCUGGAGACAUAGAAGUGACACCAACAUCAGAAACUGAAAUAUCUACAACACCCGAAGGAUCUGGUGACACUAAAACAACUCCAGCUGAUGCACCUGAGAUACCUUCAACACCCGAAGGAUCUAAUGACACUGACACAACUCCAACUGAUGUGCCUGAGAUAUCCACAACAUCUGAGGGGUCUGGAGACAUAGAAAUGACACCAACAUCAGGAACUGAAAUAUCUAGAACACCCGGAGGAUCUCAUGACACUGAAACAACUCCAACUGAUGCACCUGAGAUACCUACAACACCUGAAGGAUCUGGUGACACUGACACAACUCUAACUGAUACACCUGAAAUAUCCACAACACCUGAGGGGUCUGGAGACAUAGAAGUGACAGCAACACCAGAAACUGAAAAAUCCACAUCACCCGAAGGAUCUGUUGACACUAUAACAACUCCAACUGAUGCACCUGAGAUACCAACAACACCCAAAGGAUCUGGUGGCGCUGACACAACUCCAACUGAUGCACCUGAGAUACCUUCAACAACCGAAGGGUCUGGUGACACUGAAACAACUCCAACUCAUGUGCCUGAAGUACCUACAACACCUGAAGAAUCUGUUGACACUGACACAACUCCAACUGAUAUACCUGAAAUAUCCACAACACCAGAAGGGUCUGGUCAAACUGAAGCAACUCCAACUCAUGUGCCUGAGGUACCUACAACACCUGAAGGAUCUGGUGGCACUGACACAAGUCCAACUGAUGUGCCUGAGGUACCUACAACACCUGAAGGAUCUGGUGGCACUGACACAACUCCAACUGAUGCACCUGAGAUACCUUCAACACCCGAAGGAUCUGGUGCCACUGAAACAACUCCAACUGAUGCACCUGAGAUAUCUUCAACACCUGAAGGGUCUGGUGAUACUGACACAACUCCAACUGAUAUACCUGAAAUAUCCACAACACCCGAAGGGUCUGGUCAAACUGAAGCAACUCCAACUGAUGUGGCUGAGGUACCUACAACACCUGAAGGAUCUGGUGGCACUGACACAACUCCAACUGAUGUGCCUGAGGUACCUACAACACCUGAAGGAUCUGGUGGCACUGACACAACUCCAACUGAUGCACCUGAGAUAUCUUCAACACCUGAAGGAUCUGGUGACACUGAAACAACUCCAACUGAUGCACCUGAGGUAUCUACAACUCUAACUGAUCUACCUGAAAUAUCCACAACACCUGAGGGCUCUGUAGACAUAGAAACAACUCCAACAUCUGAAACUGAAAUAUCCACAACACCCAAAGAAUCUAAUGGCACUGAAACUACUGUAACUGGUAUACCUGACAUAUCCUCAACAUCACAAGGUUCUGGAGACACUAAAACACCCCUAACUGCAUUACCUAUAAUAUCUGCAACACCCAACGGAGACACUGAAACAACAUUACCAGUAAUAACAACACCUGGAGACUCAGGGGAAAUGGAAACAACACAUUCACCUAUUACUACAGCCCAUACACCUUCUCAAAGUUCUGAAGACACUAAAACAACCCCCAUUAACACACCUGAAAUAUCCACAACUGAGAAUCCUUUAGACACUGAAACAACACCAGAUUUAGUGACUGAUAUAUUAACUACAUUUAAAGGUCCUGGAGAUAUAGAAACUAAGCCUCCAGCAACUACGGACAUAUUAACAACAUUAUCAAUAACUGAAACUAUAACUGAAGGUCUGGGAGUCACUGAAACCACAAUAGAAAUAUCAACAAAACCUCAAGACAUAGAAAGAACAUCUCUCUUAGCUACUGAAAUCUACACAACACCAGAAACAGUGCAAACUGAAACAUCGCAAACAGUUACUGUAACCACACCUAAAAGAUCUGAAAUUUCAACUCAAAGCUCCUUUACAAACAUUGUGGAAUCGCAAUCUUCAUCUGUCACAAUGGUACCAACAAUGAAAACAACAGUGGGAUCUGGAAAACCUCAAACAACUGAAUCACUGACAACAGAAACCCUUGGAAAAACCUCAUUUACCUCAAAAUUACCUUUGGAAACGGAGGAAUCGACAUUGGCCACGUCAUCUUCCCCAUCAACUGAUAUGUUUCAAUCAACUGGGCCAACAAUUAAAACACUGCCAGUCACUGCACAGUCUCUGUCUACAGGGCCUUCAGACCCAACAACACUACCAACUAUGUCUUGGAAAUCCACAACCUCCAUGCCACUAUCCACCAUCACUCCAUCUAAAAUACCUGCAUCUACUACAAAUCCAACUACUAAGGGGUCAAUUAUAACCACAACUUCUAUCAUAGCUUCAACUAUUUAUUCAACUACAAGUCCAUCCACAACUCCUUCUAGAGCUCCAAUAACUUCAACUAUAACUUCUAUUACAACUCCUACAACUUCAGUCACAAGUCUACCCACAAGUCCUAUCAGAAGUACAACCACAAAUACAGUCACAACUUCAACCAUAACUUCUUCUACAACUCCAACCACAAGUAUAGCUACAAUUCCAACCUCAACUCCUACUGCAACUCCAACAAUAACUCCAACUACAAGCCCAACAACAAAUCCAAUCACACGUCCAACCACAAGAAUAACUACAAUUCCAACCACAACUCCUACUACAACUCUAUCAGCUUCAAUCACAAGUCUAACCCCAAGUUCUAUUAGAAGUACAACCACAAAUACAGUCACAACUUCAACUAUAACUUUUUCUACAACUCCAACCACAAGUAUAACUGCAAUUCCAACCACAACUUCUACUGCAACUCCAACAAGUCCAACAACAAAUCCAAUCACACGUCCAACCACAAGUAUAACUACAAUUCCAACCACAACUUCUACUACAACUCCAACAACAAGUCCAUCAACAAAUCCAAUCACACGUCCAACCACAAGUAUAACUACAAUUCCAACCACAACUUCUACUACAACUCCAACAACAACUCCAACAACAAAUCCAAUCACACAUCCAACCACAAGAAUAACUAAAAUUCCAUCCACAUCUCCUACUACAAUUCCAACAGCUGCAAUCACAAGUCUAAACACAAGUUCUAUUAGAAGUACAACCACGAAUACAGUCACAAUUUCAACCAUGAUGUCUCCUACAACUCCAACCACAAGUAUAACUACAAUUCCAAACACAACUCCUACUACAACUCCAACAACAAGUCCAACAACAACUCCAAGCAAAAGUCCUAUUACAAGUACAACCACAAAAGAAGUCACAAUUCCAAACAUAACCUCUACAACAACCUUAACCAUAAGUACAACCAAGACUCCAAUUCCACUAACAACUCCGGAAAAAACUCCACGAACAAUUUCAACCACAAGUCCAACCAUAAGUAUUAUUCCAUCUUCAACCCCAGCAACAGCUUCACCAACAACCACAACUGCAAGUUCAACAAUGAGCACAUCCACAACCCCAACAACAACACCCACAAUUACCAGUCCAACAAUGAGCACAACCACGAUCCCAACAACAACUCCGACAACAUAUACAACCACAAAUCCAACCACAACUCCAGUUCAAACUACAUCCAAAAUUACAACAAGACCAAAUGUACCUACACAACGACCAUGCCAGAAUGGAGGCUAUGAUGAUGGGAUAAAGUGCAUAUGUCCUGUUGAAUUCUAUGGACCCCUCUGUGAAUUCAUCAUAGACAGAGUUGAGAUCGGAAGAAGUGUCGUGACCAAUGUCAAUGUGGAGAUACGAUUUGAACGCAUGACCUUCACUGAAAGUUUGUCGGACAAAAACUCUGUUGACUAUUUCAAAUUUGAGGAAGGAUUUAAAUCAGAGAUGGGAGUUGUAUAUCAAGAUGUUCCAGGAUAUAAAGAUGUGACCAUUCUGUCCAUCAGUGAAGGAAGCAUUGUAGUGGACCAUGAUGUUAUUGUCGAGAUAGAAUACAAGUCCAACAUCAGCGUAACUCAGCAGUAUAAUACCAUCAUCCAAGAUGUAGAACAAGGCCUGCGCCAGCUCGUAUGUGACAAUACCUCACAGAUACAGAAUGAUAACUGCAUUGCUAACACAUUCACCAUUGUAAAGAAUGACAGUCUGAAGAGUGAACAAGAAAUGUGCUUAAGCUCUAUCCCAAAUGGUUUUCAAGACUUCUACGAUCCAAUAGUUGUCAGUACAGGACUGGUUUGCGUAUCUUACUGCGACGCAUCGGCUAACAAAUUCCCGAGUUGUAAUGAUGGAAGCUGUCAGAUCCUGAACAAUACCGGCCCACGCUGCCUAUGCCCAAGAACUGAUCUGUACGUCUACACGUCACCUUACUGUAGUGGGAAGAUAUUAAAGUCAGGACUGUACGGAGGGAUCGGAGCCGCCAUCGCCGUCCUCUUGAUUAUAAUUUGCGUUGCGUUCGUCCUUGUUAUAAAGAAAAAGGACAAAAAAUGGGAUCCAUUUGCGAAUGAUGAUGAAGGAAACUGGUGUGAGGAUGUGGAAGAUGAAUGGCAUGCUGACCGUGGUAUCUCCAAUUUGGGUGAACCCAUCUAUUGUGAAGAUUCUUCCAGGAGCAGUUCUUCAUCCACCAGGGAGAAGUUUAAGCCCAACUUAGAAAGUGUAGACACCACAUUUGAGAUCAAAUUCCAAAGACCAGAGGUCUCACAUACCUAAAGUGACCUUCAGGACAUUAUAAGAAUAAAGUCCAAGAUAGCUUUAUCUAUAUAUCUACAACCUUCCUUAGUGAUGGAUUAUAUUAUAGUGCAAUAACCAGGAUGGAACUGGUCUAUCAGAGUAUCAAAGAGACCUCAAGAUCUGGCAAAUAAUAGGCCCUAAUGGUCCACCAUAAGACAACCCCAUUUGGAACCAACUUUGGAGCCAAUCACUUGCCAUUGGGGUCUAUUUCUUGUGGGUUUAUGAGACCUUAUUGACGAUAUGUCCUGGGUGUACAAUGACAAUAAGCAAUAUGAUGGACACGCACAUGUUCUGGAUAGAUGGAGGGUGGGACUUCCGAAAACUGAAGAACACAAGAAACCUUAAACUAACACUGGCAAUAUGAAUUGGUCUGAAGACACUACCACUCAUAUUAUAGACAUGGCAUGAGAAGGAUCUAAAAUACAACAAAAAUGUCUUCUCCAAUGAAGUAUCUUUUAUAUAUUAGAAGAAGGAAAUAGUUGACCAACCUCCCGAAUGAUGUGGACAUGCAGUAUAUGGCCACUAGACAACUCAACUGAAAUGCUUUUUUCCACAGCUUUACAUGGUCUAACACUGAGUCAGUAAAAUGUUACAUUUCAAGCCAUGCUUUACACUAUAGGACUACAUUAUAUUAUCAUUAUAAAAGUAGCCAAACCAAGACGAGUGAACUGACUGCUUCAUCAUUGCCGAAAUCUUUCCUCCAUCAUGUUCUGACUGGAGUACACUUAUAGACAUAUCUACCGUUUUGUGAACCCUGAUUCCAUUCUCUUAUAUCCGAAUUCUCCAUCCUGUCCUAUCCUGAAUGGUCUUUUUUGCUGCUGCUGCCCUGUUAUUUAUAUCCUAUUAUUGAAAUGAUGUUAACUUCUAAUUUAUUUGAUUUUUAAUAUUCUUUAUAUUAAAGAAAGGUACACAGAGGUGUUGGCUGUUAACUUAACUUAUCCUAUAACAUGGCUUAAAUGUCUGUAUAUAGGAUACAGUGGUGGGGAAAAAAUACAAAAAUAAAAAAGACUAAAAUACCUAACAACUUCUGGAACUUUUUUCUUAAUUGUUUUAAAAUUAUUCAGUCAAAUGGCAUGCUGGGGUAAUAUGU